UUUUCUUUGCAGAGCAAUUUGGCAGUGCUCUAAUAGUACAGAUUUACCUUCUCUUAACUGCCACAUUAUUUUAUUUGAUCAUGUUCUGUAGACUGACUGGUGACUAACUCAGAGCUAGCAAGCCUGUCACCCAGAGCAUAAUAAAGCACUGUGUAGUGAUGCGUCACAAGACUGUUUUUGCAUAGAGCUUAUUAGUCAAGGGUUUUGGAACCGCCCUCAGCUGCACCUUGUGCUAUAUUAGUACUCGUUAGACAGGAAGAAUUUUCUUUUGCUGCGGUAGCUUGUCCGGUUACCUUCAGGAAGAUUGGAUAACCGAGAAAUGCCUAAUCAAGAUUCUGCUGUACAUGUGAAAAUGAUGCCAGAAUUCCAGAAAAAUUCAGUUCACAUCAAGAAUCCUACAAGAGUAGAAGAAAUUAUCUGUGGUCUUAUCAAAGGAGGAGCUGCCAAACUUCAGAUAAUAACAGACUUUGAUAUGACACUGAGUCGAUUUUCCUACAGAGGGAAAAGAUGCCCAUCAUGUCAUAAUGUCAUUGACAACUGUAAGCUAAUUACAGAUGAAUGUCGAGAAAAGUUACUGCAACUAAAGGAAAAGUAUUAUGCUAUUGAAAUUGAUCCUGUUCUUACUGUAGAAGAGAAGUACCCUUAUAUAGUAGAGUGGUAUACUAAAUCACAUGGUUUGCUUGUUGAACAGGCUUUACCAAAAGCCAAACUUAAAGAAAUUGUGGAAGAAUCUGACAUUAUGCUCAAGGAAGGAUAUGAGAAUUUCUUUGAUAAGCUGCAACAAUACAGUAUUCCUGUGUUCAUAUUCUCAGCUGGUAUCGGUGAUAUACUAGAGGAGGUUAUCCGUCAAGCUGGUGUUUAUUAUCCAAAUGUCAAAGUAGUGUCCAACUUCAUGGAUUUUGAUGACAAUGGGCUGCUCAGAGGAUUUAAAGGAGAACUAAUUCAUGUGUUUAACAAACAUGAUGGAUCCUUGAAGAAUACGGAAUAUUUCAAUCAACUAAAAAACAAUAGCAACAUAAUUCUUCUGGGAGACUCCCAAGGGGACUUAAAAAUGGCAGAUGGAGUAGCCAAUGUUGAACACAUUCUGAAAAUUGGAUAUCUAAAUGAUAGAGUGGAUGAGCUUUUAGAAAAGUACAUGGACUGUUAUGAUAUUGUUCUAGUAAAAGAUGAAUCAUUGGAUGUAGCCAACUCUAUCUUACAGAAGAUUCUAUAAACAAGCAUUCUUCAAGAAGACCUCUCACCUGUGGGUACAAUUGAUGCAAGAGCUGCUCAUCUGUUCAUCUUGUUAAAAGAUUUUAUUUAUAAUAUAUUCUUGAUCUUGAAGUUUUUCCUCUAUAUUACUGAAGUAUUUUCAGAUUUAUUGAAUCCAUCAACUGGAGGCUCCUUUUUCUCCAUCUCUCUCAACACACUCCUCACUAUAUUUUUUAACAGAUUAAAAAAAAAGACUUAGAGCAAAAAUUUGAAGAAUAACUCCCUACAUUUCCAUAGUGAAUUUUGUAGCUUAAUGUUAUUAUGACAUUUUUGAGAAGUCUUUUUACAUUGGGAAAGUUUGUAGACGUUUAAAAAGUUUUAUGAAAUGGUGAAAUAAUGUGCAUGAUUUUAAGUGUUGUCAUUUUUAUAAUUUGGGUGAAUUAUGCUGAUGGUAUUAACCAUCUCCUAAAAUUGUGUUAUGUUUGGUUAUUUUGUUUGGUGAAAAUCGAUAUUUACCAAAAAAUAUUGGCAUUUGAUGUUUGAAAAAAAUCUAUUGGUAUCUACAUGCCACUAAUCAUUAUAAAAUGUUCUAUAUUGAAGCACUGAUGAUAAAAAUGAAAUGAAAAGCCUUUUUAACUCUGUCAAGACUAUUAUUAUUCAUUCAACAAAACCUGCCAUGUUUUUGUGUGUGAUGUAUGAAUCCUAAUGUCCUUGUCAUAGUGGCUAUUUAGAUUAUUUUCAGAUUUACCCACUAUAAAACUAAAAAGUUUUUGCAGAGAAAA